CGGCAGUGCCAACUGUAACGGAAUGGCAACGACCUUCCUGCAGCUAAGUCAGGACCAUCUGAAGCAACCGGGAAUGAAACUGUUCCCCAAUUACACCCCACCGAUUCCACCCCAUCACAACAACAGCAACAGUAGCAGUAGCGCAACGACAGCAACGACGACAGCUUCCGGCAACUUCUCGACAAUGUCCAACAAUGUCAACAACCAUCACUACCAUCAAAUCACCUACCAGACGCAAACCCUCGCACCGCUUCGGCUAAACCAGGACCAUUUCAGCAGUUCGAAAACGAACACUCUUGGUGGAGUCGUCGGCCCAAACGGCCUUCCCAAUGGCCGACCAAAAUAUCAGACCCAUCAUCAUCACCAUCACCACCACCACGAUGGACUGCACCACGAGCAGCAGCAGCACCAACAUCCACCCCAUCAUCCCCUAUCCUCGGACCACGAGUUGGACGUCGAUGGGUGCAGUCGCAGUGCCAGCAUCAGUGCGGCCAGUGGCUGCGAUAAUGAGGAUGACAGCAAUAGUGCGACCACAUCGCCUCCGCACAGUCCGACCUCCCCGACGCCACCGGAACUCCCGAUCCGGAACGGGCUGCUGCCGGGGAAUUACAAUGUAAAUACACUUAAUCACAACAUCAUCGUCGGCAACGGGAAAAUGGCGACAGGAACAGCAACUGCGGCCACUAGCAAUACUGGGGGGCGCAAGACUAUGCGGCACUAUCACUGAUGCGUGCUGGAGAGGAAGUUUCCAGGAACGAGAACGCGACGACGACGACGACGAGUUGGUGCCGCUGUACAGACCAUUUAACGUGAUUGUGAUUAUUUUUCUAACGAAUAGGGAAAACACGGAAAAGGGGCGAGGGUGGGAAAUCGACUACUAGAGGGAGGGGCAGCUUAACUGUAUUAUAGAAUUGAUGUUUUCGAAAGGAAUGUGGGCUUAGUGUUCUUGGCGAAGGAGUGAUGUUUUGAGCAAAAUGGUUCAAUAGAUCGAAUCGAAACAUUAUUCUUAUCGAAUCGUUAUGAUAGCAUAUUUUGUUUUUUUUUUCUCAAUGAAUUCGUCAACGGAUUCUUCUAUAAAUUCCAAUUGUGAUUUCUUAAGGAGUUUUUUGCACUGAUUACUCCGGGAUUUCCGUAGAAAUUUCUAUAUAAACCACUCAAAGUGUUUCUACAGAAAUUACCUCACGGAUUUCUUUGAAAUUCCAAGCAACACAUAGUUCGAGUUGUAGUUAAGCAAGAGACUCCAAAGUUCACUUGAUGUCAAUCUAGUUUCGCUCAAUCAGUUUUGGCUUAGAAAUAGGGGAGGCCAGACGGCUACAAUUCGUAAAUGUCCGACAAAAUUCAUUGAAAAAAAUAAGCAAAAUUACUAAAGGCGUGUCUUAGACAAAAGAUAGCGAGAUUUUUUGGUGAAAAAUAAGGCUUCUUCAAUGCUUCAAAUAGUUUCCACAUGGUUAAGUUGUCUUCAGAUGAAGAAUCCAUAUUCCAAGGGUCAAUUAUUGUGCAAAUCUAGGGAAAAAUUCCUAAAGGAAUUCCUGGAAGAAUUCUGGGAAACCUAGAGGUAAAGGAAGGAAUUCACCAAGAUUUCAAGAAUAAUUUCUUAAAAAGAUUCUGAUCAAACUUCUUGGGGAAAAAAUUUUUUUAAUUAAUUUCUUCAAAGAAUUUAAACAUAAUUAUGUUUUCGUCAGAUGAAUGGUUAGAAAUGUAAGGAAUUUUUGGAAUCAUUGCUCGUUAUUCCUUGAAGAAUUUUAUUACAAUCAAAGGGUCAAAGGUUGGCUUCAAACCAUUUACUACAAAUCUCUUGGAAGUUAGUUAAAUAAUAUUGCCAGAUUUGAUCAUACUUUCAACGCGAUUUCCUCCUGGAAGAUAACUAUUCCUCCAAUGUCUACUUUUUAUGCACAGAUUUAUACCGGACAAUGUACUUGGAUUCAACCAAAGUAAAUAACUGACCCUUCAAAAAGGUUAAACUUUUCCAUCGCAAUUCCUCUUAAAAUGUAUUGGUUCUUUCAAAUUUUUGGAAUAUUUCGCUAAGGCUUCUGCUAGAAAUUUCUUUGUGAUUUUUUUUUUAAAUUCUUCUUCUUGUGGAUUAUUUGCAUCUAAAACGUCCCUUGCCUUUGAAUCUGCACAGGAAUUUUCAUAGAAAACCCCAGGAAUGGUUCCAAAAUAAGUAUAGCAGUAAAGGACUAUUUCGUUUUUUAGAAAACAGUUCAUCAAUUAUUUAAAAAAUCUAUAUUCUAAGAUUCAAUUUUUUUGCCAAUCCAGGGCAGAAUUCCUAAAGGAAUUCCUGGAAGAAUUCUGAGAAACCUAGAAGUCAAGGAAGGAAUUCUGCUUGAUUUCGAGAAUAAUUUCUAAAGAAGAUACUGAUGUAACUUGGGAUUUUUUUUAUUCAAACUAUUAGAAAGCUUUUUAUUACCUUGUUAUCUCUCAUAUUUGGUAAUGAAUUGACGCUAAUAUUGAGCUGCUCGGUAUUCCAAUCCGCAUGAUUAUUAUAUUAAUUAACUCAUUACGCGUGGUAAAAAUGAACAAAUUAU